AUGGCAAUUAAUGAUGUUACAAAUGUGACUAAUGGUGUUACUCACACUGAUCAUGGAAACAAUAAUCAAAGAUCAAUGAGGUCGGUGUUGCUGGGAAGAAACAAACUUGGAAUAGUUGAUGGAACAGACUCAAAAGACAAGUUUCCUGGUUUAGAAAAUCAGUGGGAGAGGGUUAAUGUUAUAGUGCUAUCAUGGGUAAUGAAUUUUGUAUCAAAAGAAUUGCUUGGGGGUAUCAUGUAUGCUUCUAGUGCUCAACUAGUGUGGGAAGAUCUGAUUGAAAGAUUCCACAAGAUAGAUGGUUCAAGAACUUUCACCAUUCACAAAGAAAUAGCCACUCUUACCCAAGGCACAAAUUUUGUGUCUAAAAAUGAAGUUUUUCCAAUUCUGAUGGGACUAAAUGAUACCUACAAGGCAGCUAGAAGCCAAAUCUUGCUUAUGAAUCCUAUGCCAUCUGUUAAUCAGGCUUAUUCAAUGAUCAUGAGUGAUGAAGGACAAAAUCUAUAUCCUAAAGAUUUCCAGUUCAAGAGAAAGAAUGGAAACAACUCUUCUUAUUAUGAAAACAGUUUUGCACACAAUGUGAUGUCUGAUGGUGAUGGUUACAACUGUGGUAAUGGACAAACUAACAAUUGUCUUGGUGGUGGCAAGCCUAGUCAAGUUGGAAAAAUGCAGUACAUGUGUGCAGAGAGUCAAGGUCAUGGAUAUGCUACAGGACCAUCUACCUCAACUAGCUAG